AUGGCGGCCAGCCACUGUGAAACAAAUAUUGUGAUUGGUAAUGUUCCAGCCAGCUACGAUUAUGCCGAACCAAAUGAUCCUAUUUAUGCUGGACCUAGUAAUGUGGGCAGGCAGCUCAGCUCACAAAGGGUUCAAGCAGUUCUUGAAGUGAUGAAGGAGAACAACAUCGACGCCUUCAUCGUACCAACUGCAGAUGCUCAUAACUCCCAGUACAUAGCACCGUGCGACGCUCGCCGGGAAUGGUUGUCUGGUCUCUCCGGGUCUUCAGGUACAGCCUUGGUGACGGAAAACCAUGCUCUGGUCUGGACUGACGGCAGAUAUUUUACACAGUUCGAACUUCAAGUAGACACGUCGGUGUGGACUCUGAUGAGACAAGGAAUUGACGCUACAAUACAGAACUGGCUGGCUACGAACUUGCGCAGCCAAAGCAGAGUGGGCGUUGAUCCCACCACGUACACCAGAGCUUCAUGGAACGCAUUGGAGGCAGCCCUCCGACCUGCAAAUAUAGAACUCGUUCCGAUAUAUAAUAAUAUCGUGGAUGAAGCUCGAAGACGUAUCCAAGAUCCACCUCCGAGCAGGCCGAAUGAACCAUUACUCGCUUUAUCUUCAAACUACACAGGCAGAGUAUCGAGUGAAAAAAUAUCUGACUUGCUGGCGCAGAUCCAUGGUCGACAAGCUUCGGCUUUGGUGUUGACAGCAUUAGACGAUAUCGCAUAUACCUUAAACAUCCGCGGAUCCGAUAUUCCCUUCAACCCCGUAUACUUUUCCUAUCUCGUGAUACGAGAAAAUAACAACGUGAUCCUGUUCUGGGGUAAUGGCGAGUUACCAACGCACAUACAAGAUCAUCUCGCAUCCGAAGGGACGAAGCUCACAUGCUUGCCUUACACGCAAAUAUUCGAUUAUCUAAGGAAUUUAAGCGAUGAGUUACCAGCCGGGAGUACAAUUUGGUUGUCCAGUGAUGGCAGCCAAGCUGUACAUGUUGCCGCGGAAAAGAAUACGGGAGUCUCUACGCUGUCUACAUUGUCGCCGGUCGCGCUUAUGAAGUGCAUCAAAAAUGACGUCGAACUGAGGGGUUUUAGAUCAUCACACAUCAGGGACGGAGUGGCCGUAGUUCGAUUCCUGCGUUGGGUACAUGAAGAAGUAUCAGCCGGGCACAAUAUCACUGAAAUUAACGUCGUUGAUAAGCUGGACCAGCUCAGAGGAGAGGAAGCUUAUUACAAGGGCCCCUCGUUCGCAACGAUCGCGGGCGCCGGUGAAAAUGGGGCCAUAAUACACUACAAACCAUCACGGGAAGGGCCUCAAAGGGUGAUACGGCCCGAUGACAUGCUACUUGUAGACUCUGGGGGGCAAUAUAUGGAUGGUACCACCGACAUAACACGCACACGGCAUAUGCGCUCGAAUCCAACUCCUGCGCAGAGGCUGGCCUUCACGAGGGUGUUGAAAGGUCAAAUCUUGCUCGCCACCGCAGUAUUCCCUAAAGGAUCAACGGGUAAUCUUCUAGAAACCCUAGCUCGAAAAGCUCUAUGGGACGUUGGGUUGAACUAUGCCCAUGGCACAGGGCAUGGUGUGGGACAUUUUCUGAACGUACACGAAGGGCCCUCUGGUAUCGGAGCAGCGUUGAUGGCCAACGAUCCUGGUAUUACUCCUGGAAUGAUAUUCAGUGAUGAGCCAGGCUUUUACGAAGUGGGACAAUACGGAAUAAGACAUGAAGACAUUGUUGAAGUUAUCGAGAUGAAUCGCAACGCGGAUCACAUUUUCGCGGAGGGCUUAGUGGGUAACUUCAGUGGGAGGGGGGCUGUUGCCUUUUACACGAUAUCUCUGGCACCUCACCAAACUGCGAGCUUAGACGUCGAGUUGCUGAGUGAGGAUGAGAUUACCUACUUAAACAAUUACCACGCUCGAGUCCUGGCGACAUUGGGUCCAAUUCUCAAACAAAGAAAAUUAACAGAAGACUACGAAUGGCUUGAAAAAGAAUGCGCGCCAAUAUAUCGUAGCGCGGCCAUUUUGAUGAAAACAUCGCCAUUUUUAUUACUAAGUAUAAGCAGUGUCGAAAAUCUGUUUGAUGUGAAGUUUGAUAUAACGGACGUGUUUUGUGACGGGUACUGA